CACCUCUGCAGAGCGACUCAGAGUGUGCCGGAAGGUUGCUAGGCGCCCCGGGAAGUCCCGCCCCUGGGCGUGGUCAGGCGAGGCCGCCAGUGCCGUCCCGUGUUGCACCACGCGCCCACAGCGUUCGUUUGGCGGUGUCCUGAGGCCGAGGCUGUGCGGCACAAUGCAAAGAACUUCACGACUGAAGAGAGAGCUGCAUCUGUUGACCACAGAGCCUCCCCCAGGCAUUAUGUUCUGGCAAAACAAAAACCGGAUGGAUGAACUAGGAGCCCAAAUUUUGGGUGGUGCAAACACGCCAUAUGAUAAAGGAGUUUUCAACUUGGAAGUAGUUGUUCCUGAAAGAUAUCCAUUUGAACCCCCGAAGAUUCGCUUUCUGACACCCAUCUACCAUCCCAACAUUGACUCUGCUGGAAGGAUUUGCCUGGAUGUUCUGAGAUUACCACCCAAAGGUGCCUGGAGGCCAUCCCUGAAUAUCUCCACAUUGCUGACCUCCAUACAGCUUCUGAUGAGCGAGCCUAACCCUGAUGACCCCCUCAUGGCAGACAUAUCCUCGGAGUAUAAAUACAACAAGGAAGUGUUCAUCAAAAAUGCCAAACAAUGGACUGAGAAGCAUGCAAGCCAGCAAAAGAGGUCUGAAGAGUUAGAAAGUUCCAGAGUGGCAGAAGGAAACAUAGGUGUGGAAGGGACUUCCUGGCUCAUCAAGUCCAGUCCCUGCUAUCACAGGCAACCCCAUCAAAUAACGCUUCCAAAACUCCAGAUGAGGAAGUGACCCAAAGCGAGGCUAGCACUCCCAAAGAAUUUGCCAUCUCCCAGAAAAGAAAAGCAAAUGAUAUCAGCAGGAAGGGGAAAAAACCCUGCCUCGAUUCAUAGAGGUUCUCUGUGUAAAUAAACAUUUUUCUGAAUGUGUAACACUGGCAGGUUUCACUUGUCUCUCUGUGCGUGAGCUAAUACUUGUGAUGGCAGGGGGUUGUUUUCAAAUUAAAGCUGCUUUUAUUUUAUUUCAGUAGCAUUACAUGUUUUGUAUUCUUGUUUGUCUUGCAUUGUUUGUCUCUAAGUAUUGUGAAGGAAGGCAGAAUUGGGAAUAAUAAAUCAGUCUUACAUGUUUUAGA